AGCAGAAAGUUAGGUGGGCGGAUGAGAUUAAGAAGUUUGCAGGGACAACAUGGCCACAAUUAGUACAUGAACGGGGUAGUUGGAGAAGUAUGGGAGAGGCCUUUGCCCUGCAGUGGGCAUAACCAGGCUGAUGAUGAUGAUGAUAUACCAGGUGCAUGUUACGCGCAAUAGGGGCCACGUUUAUUUGCUUAUGGAGGGACUUCAGGAGUACCUGCUGACCGUUGGUUGUCGUCACAGGAUAUUGCAAUCUCAGUAGAAUCGUUUUGCCUGCUCUAGUGAGGUUAAGGGUUGUUCGACCUGCGUACAGCGAGGCUAGUUUGCUUCCCUAGACUGUACACACAACUGAAUUCCAUUACAACUGGUUCAAUUCGUUUCUCAUACAUUUGCACUAAUACAACUGACUUUGUCAAAAGAAAAUCAUCGCUAAAUUUUGGAGACCUAUCUGAAGUUGUGACAAUUGUCAAGUACGUACCUAUAGCAGUGGAGCAACGCCGCGAACAAGUGCUUGCAGGUUUCGUAGAGGUUUUCUACGCGCAGACACUUAUCGUUUUUUUUUUUUACCUCCGACUCGCGUGAAAAGCUGUCUUUAAAAAAUCUGAUUUGGCUCACGGGGCAGGCCCGGCUUUUGCACGCACAAUGUAACUAUUUCCGCGAUGUCGUCGCUGAAGUCUUUGAGACCGAUCUAAAUAAGAUGCUCGACAGCAAGGACUAUUUCGCCUUCCACGAAACACCUCGAUUCGACACCACAAAAGAGAAACGUGAAGCAAGCGUAAGAGCCGCCGUCAUCAUGACUGUCAUAGCCAUCUUUCUUAUUAGGAGAGUGUUGACGGCAAAUAUACCGGAUUCUGCAGUUGACAAUAGGUUUUUCGUUGAGGUGUAUUUCAAUAGCCUCUCUACUUGUGCUUUUCUUCCGGAUUUCUUUUUGAGGACGAGGAGCUCAGAUUUGUCUGGGGAGCAUUCGAGGCUGCACUCUUCGGCGUAUUCGGUGACAACGUCUGCCGCCGCUUGUAGGACGUCCUGUUCUCCAUAAGAGCCUCGAGUUGCCCAAAUGGUAACGUCACCCGCAUAUAUGGCGUGACGAACGCGUGGGAUCUUCUCUAGAUGCUCUGGGAGGCUUUUCAUGGCGUCGUUCCAGAGGAAAGGUGAUAAGACCGAUCCCUCAGGAGUGCCUCUACUUGGGACAUAUUUCGCUUCUCUUCUAGGGGCAUCCACGCCUACUGUUGCCGUGAGGUCCGUUGUGAACGCUCGAACAUAAUUGUACAUACGUUGGCCGCAAUUCAGUUGCGAUAAGUUUUUUUUUUUUUUUUUUUUUUUUUUAGGAUGGCCUCAUGAUCUGAUCAUGAUCGUUGUCAAAUGCUCCUGUAAGUUUCAGUUGAAACUUCCUUCAAUUGAAAUAGUACUUCUUGAUGCGACAAAUGUGGCCUGAAGCCGUACAUUCUGUCAGGAAAGAAGCCCGUGUCAUCCACGUGAGGCUUCACGCGAUUUAGCACCGUGUUUUUAAAGGAUUUCCCAGGCACAACGUCAGUGAUUCCCCAGGCAGGACGUUGGUGAUGCCUGGAGGCUCUCCUUUUUCCGGUAUUGGCACUAUGUGGACUGUUUCCAUUCUUUUAGUAGUGUUCCCGCUUCCAAUUGGUUAUUAAAGAAAGUCGCUAGGGCUUCUACCAUUUCGUCGUCCAGGUUUUCGGGAACUUCAUCUGUGAACCCGUCUUGUCCGGGCGCUAUGUUUCGUGUUAGGAGGGAGCAAACCACUGUCCAAACUUCCGGCGCAUCGAAUGGGCGAUCUAGUUCACCAUGUGGUUUUCCACUAUAGUUUGGUAUGGUUUUUUUUUUCUCCCUGUGUGGUCGCCGAACUGUUUUGCCUCUAGCAAUUGCAGAAUCUCUUCGUCCGAUUUGCAUGGGCUGCUUGCGAGACAGAUUGAUUGGACGAGCAAUCGGACAGAGAAAGGAGGGUUAAAAGAAGAAUGGACAUAGUGAUGUCUUGAGGCCUUUUAUAUACCUGCCAGGCCCUGGGAGAGGAGGUUAGGACCAUAUAAGAAUUGGAUCAGGGAUGAAGCAUUUGCUCGUAUUUUCUGGAAAUGUGUUUUUGUUUUCAUGCCUAUCGCUUGCUUUUCAGUCUUUCUAAAAAGCACUUAACGCUUUGUAAUUGAGAUCACAUUGCCACAUACUGUUAUGAGACCUCGCGGCGUCCGUUAAAUCUCAGUCUUCUCCUACCGGCACCGAUGGGAACAUGAAAUGUACAAUGUAUUAUUUAUCUGCAUUUCAUACUUGUUCUCGUUUUUGGUUGCGUUGCGUCUUUUAAAGCCCAGUUCUGAGUGCAAAGUUUCACGCAUGCCUAAAGCGUAAGGUUUAUCGCGAGUAUCGCGCCAAUACCAUAUCUCUUUGAUUAAGGGGAGUAGUCUCGUGAUUCUUUGUUUACGAACAAAAGCAGCCCAAAGACGCACUCCAAAGAACGAUUUCUCGAUCCGGUGUGCAUGGGCGACCGAACGGCGGCUUUUCCUCGCAUGCACGGAAUACCUGCUGCGGGCCCGGCCAAGUCCCCAGCCAGCCGCUCGAUUAUUCCUUCCCUCCGUCGUUGCCGAGUGCCACGUGCUUUUCUAUCUGCGCGCUACUACGCCGGCGCGGCUUCGCGGCGAGCCGAACGGCGCCGAACCUCGGUCGGCGGCGAGACAAGCAUGCGACGGAGCGCAAGCGACCGAGCGAACUGCGGAGCGCCGACAGGGGCGAUCGGCUUUUAAACCCACGGGGCAGAGCCGUAUUGGCUGGCGCCGGAGCUGACGUCAACAAGACGGCGGGCACCGAGCGCGCGGAGCACGCACACACGCACGCACCUUGCUUGCAUCGCUUGCCGCCAGCGCGUUGGCUGUCGCGUCUGCUGUUCCGCGAGCGUGCGUGCGAAGCCGCCGCGCGACGCCGCUGCGGCCCCGUGUGUGUGUGAUACAUGCCGUAGCCAUAGCCGUUGGCGCGGGGCUGUACCGUUUUCUUUUCUCCUCGCUCGUCGCCUGCCGCCGACCUCUCGUGUCGUUAUCUUGCAAGGAGGAGAAGAAAGGGGAGAGGAGGCGAGAGCAGUCGCACUCGCGCGGGGCCCAAACCUCCCCUUCCCCCUUUGUGUGCGCCGCCGUUGCUGCUGCAUCGCGUCAUCAUCCCCGUCGUCGCAUCGACGUGGAACGAACGAGUCGGGCCGCCAAGCCGUCCCCGGCCGACUUUCCGCUUGCCACCGAACGAACCUAGGCGACGAGGAUUGUACUUUCCAUUUUUUUUUCGGCGACGCACAAGCUUCGACAGCCAAGUCGGAUCCGCUUCCCUGAACCAGUCUAUCCAUGUGCUUGUGUCGCGUCGCAUCGCACUCGACGCCGACCUCGUUGUCGAUUCGAAACGCCGCGACCUCUCGUCGACGCCAAAUCUUCGCCGACUCCGACCGAACCUCCGGCACUUGCGUGAACCCGUGAGGAUACUGCGAAACGGUGGUGGGUGGUGCGUGAUUUCCUCGCAAACGUCUUCGACGCACCGAGCCAGUGAUUGUGGUCUUGCGACGUCUUCGAAGACAGCGCUGUACGAUCCUGAGCGCCCACGGCGACUCAAGUGCGGCGCGUGCGUUGUUGUGUGCCUGAAGCGUGUUUUCUACGCCGAGUUCUUUCCUUUGUUCUUACGGGCCGUAGUGCCUGUUCCCCGCGCUGACGACUUGACACGUGAUGAUGGAGGAGCCCGUAGCGGACUCCCUGUUGUUGUAACCCUGUGGUGGGAGGACCGGCUGAAGAAGCGGGAGAGCACGUCAGUGCGAAGAACCUCAAAAGAAGAAGCGGAAGCACGUUCAGGUCCUCAGUGUCUCAGGCAGUGGCGCGAACGGGUGCUAUCCCGGCGGCCGGUUCCGAUGAUUGGAGCGGCGGUCGUGGCGGCGCGCCUGCAUGCCCUGGCGGCGUGAGGCGGCCAUGCAGCAGAUCGGUCAGCUGCCGCCCAUGACCCAGGAGCAAGACGUUCGCACGGCGCAGACGCCCCCCGGUGCGAACGGCCCCAACGGCUCGGCCAGGCAGGAUGGCUUGGCCCCGCCGCCACUGCUGCAGCGAAAGUCGUCGAGUGAUCGACCACCACUCUCCAGUGAGCUGCUGGAGACCCUCCGGCGAGAGUGUCUCGAGCGCAGUGUGUGCACCCGGGUCGCGCGUCUGCCAAGCGUGAUUGAAAAGGCGCCGCAGCCCAUCAAACUGGAGCCUCCUUUCUUCAAGACGGAGGAACCGCCGACGGUCCCUGUUUCUAUUCCCAAGGCGGCUGUCUUGUCCAGAACCGAGAAGACGCACCUCAAGUCUGCUUCCCGGACGCUGCAACAGAGUAUUCACCAACAGAACCACCAUCAGCACCACAACCAGCUCGCCAGGACUGCUUCGGGCAGCGUGAAACACGGGAGUGUUCGCGGCCACGAGAGCUCCGAAUCGGAGCUUCGCGGGUCGAGGUCAUCGCCGUCGUCGGGGGAGCGUUCUCAGCAUCGCUCCGACGCGGAGCUUUCUUCGCCGCCUCCAUUACGAAGCGCUGUGCUGUCCCCGCAGCAGCAGCACCAGAAUCACCAACAGCCACAGCGACGUCGGACUGAAGAGGAACGCCUUCAGAGCGAGGGCGAAAUGGUGUGCAAGAAAGAGGACAGUGAAGUGCGCGCCAACGUCGCCAAGUGCAACUACGUACUCAGUGACAACUACGAAAACUUGUCCGGUGACGAGAGUCCUGCGUCGCGCUCUCUUGAGGCGUCGAACGUCGACGAUAAGGCCAUCGAACUUUUCCUACCUCUCGUAGAUGCCAUGGAAGGGCAGGGGCAUAACAAUAGCUCGGCCGCUACUACGGUUGUUUCGUCGGAAGAGUUCGCCGAAAGCGCCGGUGCCGUCGACGACUACGACGACUUGCCCGAGGAAGGCAGCCUAGUCAUUGAUGACGAAGGCAUCGAUGGUGAACCGAGCGCAGUUAGUGGUGCUACCGUCGCGAACGCUGCCGGUUCUAGCAAGGGGUUGUCUGGAACAAGGUUAAAUUGGCCACAUUCGUCACCUACUGCCGUGUCGCCGGAUUCUCCACAGGAAUCAUCGGCUGGUUCUCCCGCGCCGAGAGCUGACCAUACCUCUACGUCCAGGAGCAAGUCCUCCGAAGACGUCGCCGACACUGGCUCCAGGUGGCAACUACUCAAAGACCUCAAGAACAAAAAGUCCAAGUUGGGCCUACUUAGAAAGUCUACACCCGGGGACUCCACGAGAGGUGACGACUCGGGCGUGACACAGCCUCCGCCAUUGACGCCCGUUCAGGGCGACUCGCCGCCGCCCGCCCGAAGGCCGGGCAGGCGACCCAACGCGCGACCAGCCACUGCGGCAACGCCCAGUGCUGGGGACGGCAACGAGGAAGACAGGGCUGGUGGUGCCACGAGGUUGGGGCCAGGGCGCCUGUCCGUCGACGACCACGGUGACGGCACGUCGGCAGCGGUGACGACGCCCCCGCUUCGCAACGGUCCGCGUAAACGGUCCCGCUGGAAGGCGUCCGCUUCGCAAGAGGACGAAGACACCGGCGGCGCCGAAACUGGAAGCACUGUGGAUUACCAGCUCAGCUCGGAUGAGGAGACGUCCAAAAGGAGCUCGGGCCAGCCGACGCCUCCGCCUCUGCCGCCGCCCGCACAGGCCCCUCAUACAGGAGCAGGUGGCAAGAAGCAGCGCAAGAACUCCGAGGACAACCACCGGCGCGGCAGUAGCAGCUCGCUCAGCGGCGACCAGCAGCACGGCGAUGAGUCUCGCUACAAGCGGCUCGCCCAGGAGCUACCGGGCUUCAACUGGCUAGAGCAGAAGAUCAUGGGCCACGGAAGCGGAAACUUCGCCGAUGCGCCGCCGUCCAUAACCAAGCAUGUGACCCGCGAAACACCCGCGGUGGUCACUGCUCCUGCAGCCGAGAGGACGGAGCAGAAAGCAGCUCCACCUACCCAGGAGCCAAGGCGUGUUUAUCCUCCGGGCACCGAUAUCCUAAGCCGUUCCAUGUCCGAGAUACAAGACGAUUGCUGCGAUGACGAUGUAGGCGACGAGGCGCCUGUAACGGAUGCUACUGCAAUACCUGCACCAGAGGAGGGCAAAAAUGAAGGUGAUGGGCAGCCUCAAGAAAUGGCGCAGCAGGAAAUCCCAAGGCAGAUUCUAGUCACUGCGCUUCCUGAUACCUACACGAACGAUCCUCGCCUUUCGCAAAUGAUAACGUCCACGGCCCUUAUGCGACCGCAAUAUCCCUUAGAGGUUCAUAUGGCUGGCUCGAAUGCUGCGCUUGAGUUACCGAUGGGUGCCCCUGGCGUAUCUUCUGCACAGUUGUUAACGUGCGUUCCUCAGGGCAUGCCAGAAGUUGAAGCCGAGCGUAGGCAUUCUCCUAAAUCCCAAGCCGACGCCAUUCCACAGGGGAAGACAGCCCCGGAAGAACAGUCGAGCGAUUCUGAUGUGCUCUAUCUAGGAGUCUCGAGGAAGAGCUUGUCACCAGGUUCUGAACACAGUGGUGGCGAACCUAGAAUGUCCAUGUUGUCCGAAGCCGGCAAGGUAUCCGAGAUGUCGAGGUCCGGAGACGCCAACGCUACGCAAGUAGCAGGUUCUCAAAAACCGCGUGCUGGUGCACCAGAGCCCAUAAACUUGAGCGAUGCAGCCAGACGAGGCGAAGCUUAUAGUACACCAAGGGAGCAGUACUCCUUCUUCCAGCCUCACGCGUUUGUGAUGGCUGACCAUCAAAGAUGGCUAGAGGAACGUCGCUACCAAGAAAUGAUGAACUCUCGCGGGCCCAUCGGGCAGCAGAGGCACCUGCCUUCGUCACAGUUUUCACCCGAGUUGAGUCAGAGAAGGCUCUCCGUAGGUGCGCAGAUGUUCCCAAGUCGUAUGGAGGCACAGCAGCAGUACAGAGCUGCGGUCCCUGAGCGCUCGCCAACGCUACGCCAAAUUCCGCCUCCCCACCAAGGUGCGUCACCUCAUCAAGCACUAGCGCAGCACCAAUCAACGUCAUCGCAUCAGUCACAGCUACAGCAUCAGUCACAGCUGUCGCAUCAGCCCUCGCAUCAAGCCCAGAUGCCGCAACAGGCGGCCCAGUCGCAUCAACCACCGCCGUCACACCAAGGACAUUUCUCGCAUCAGGUGCCGCCAUCACACCAGCCGCCGCCGCCGACCCACCAGGCACAGCUUUUGCACCAGACACAGUUAUCGCAUCAGAUACCGUAUUCGCGCCCAGCACAGCAAAUGCACUCCACGCCUCCAUAUUAUCCAUUGCCUCGAGCGCACCAAGCGCAGCCACGUAGUCAGCCUCUUCAACCGCUUCCUACACUGACUCGUGACACCUCACCUCGCAACGGAAGGCCGGAACUAUACCAACAGCAGCAGCGUUACAAAAACACGGAACAAGCAUACGGAAUUGGUCCUCACGCUCAACAAAUGGGUGCAUAUGUCGCGCCUCAGAUACCUAAGCAAAAUACUGACCCAGCUGCUAAAGACAUGUCCCCACCGACUGGAAACCCUUUCGUGAAAGAUAGCAAGACAGAGUCCUCUUACAAAGAAAUUGGCGCUUCCCGACAAGAAAGACCGGGACCUGCGUCACUACCAGCAGCUCCAGCGAACACGAAGCCUCCGUCGAGUUCACCUCACGCACAACGCCCUGAAUCAGGCAGCCAUUCCUCACAGACGAGCAGUCUGAAAACGGAAAUGGAGAUGCUAAAGGACGAGUUGAAGUACUUGGAUGCCUUGGCAGCUCAAAAGGAGGCUGAAUACGAGAAGGUGGUGCACACAAGAGCUGAAAAGCUCAAGACCCUAAACCAACUCGAAGCAAGGUAUAAGCGUUCGCUCGAGCAGCCGCAGUCGUAUCCCAAGGACGACCUUCGGUAUCCGGGUAGCUCAGUUGAGGCUCGGCAGGGUCAAAGCCCAGCCUCUCAGUCAGAGAAGGGAUCUUCUCUUGUGGAUGAUCCGAAAGCUGUUCCUAAGCAACGGUCGUCAUCGGGUGGUGGAGUUGGCCAGCAGAAGACUUCGCCUCCAUCUCUCUCCUCUCCGCUGGCGAAAACUUCACCUGGGAAUCAGGCAGUUCCUGGGCUCAUUCCUUACCCACUGCCGCACCCCCCUCAGCAGACCAGACCACCGCUGUCACUUCCGCCGCACGCCAACAUUCCGUUAAACAUGCCGCUCAUUGGCGCUGGGAUGUUCAAUAUGCGCAACAUGGAGCUCCAGCGAGAUUUCGCUCCUAUGAUGGCAACCCAGCCGCUCAACUCGCCAAUGGUGCCAGGAUACGGCCGGCCGUACUACCCGCUCGACAGGAGCAAGCACCCAAUCCAGCACCCAAUGGAACCGCCGAAGCCUGCCGUGAAGCGAAAGUACUCGCCUAGCAGUGCUGCCAGCCUUCCACAGGCUAAUGGCGAAAUGCGCAGCACCUCUCAGCGUCCCGCCAUGGCACCGACGGGGCAGCGCCAGAGGGAGCCCGAGAAGGUUACGGCGCCCUUGAGCCAAGAGCACGCGCAAUGGCUACAUGCUAUGAAGGCGCGUGAGUCUCAGGGCGCGCCACCCGCCUAUCCCGCCAGCGUUCAGAGCGCCUUUCAAUCGUACAGUUCAUUUCCCAACAGGAGAGUCCUUCCAGAAGACCUGCCCCUCAAUCCUACGAUGAGCAACGCCACCUGGAGCAACUACGCGGAAGGCCUCCACGAACAGUAUGCCUUUCAGAUGGCGAAGCAUGGCUUGUACCCGGGCCAUCCCGCGUGGAGCGGAUUAGAGAAGCAGCAGCAACGUAGCAGCGACGUUACAAGUGCUGCCAUGCUUGGAAGGGAGCCUCCGGCAAAACGACCGUCCCGUGAGGAGCCAGUAAUGCAGCAAAUGUCGAAAGACAGGCACAUGAUGCGGCCCGUAGACAAGCCCGUUGCCCAUGCAGCGUCGUUGGGAAGUCAAGCGCCGCCCCAGGAACAGGCUCUACCAGCGCAGGCAACACAGGUCCCGCAGAAUCCGCAAGGCAAGAGCAGCACUUGUGUCAUGUGUGGUCAGCAUGCCCAGUUCAUGUGCUCUGGCUGCCAGAACAUAUGGUACUGUGGGCCUCAGUGUCAGAGGAGCCACUGGGUUAACCAUUCCAACGUCUGCAUGGGGAGCAAGCGUUGAGUGCGAUGUCGUCGUGCCCACUGCGGCCUUACGCUCAAGAUGCGCCAGGGGCAAGCUUCGCUCCGCGUAAAGGUGCAAACCAGCUCUCGUGAUGGGCAAAUGGAACUCAACCUGUCCGGCUGAUUCUUCGUGCAACCGAAAAAGAAAACGUUGGCUGGGAGAAUCUGUGCGGCGCUUGACAAGACGAUUCGAGAAUCUCCUUCGAGCGGUGCGGGACCAAGGAGUGUAGCGAUCUGUCUGCUGUGCCAUAAGUUCGCGUGCGUGCUGUGGUGUGUGCGCGUGCAGAGCGUUCUUUUUUUGUAAUUUCUUUGCCUAUUGCUCCCGCGACUGUCCCCGACAGCUGCUGAUAUCUCGACUGGCUGACAAGCUGCCGCGACACGUUUACUGCCCGCGCCGCGACACGUUUACUGCCGUGCUCUAGUCAAAACACUUACGCUCCUGUCCACUGCGUUUAACUGUGGUGCAGAGAAACUUGUUCGCGUCUCCUCGGACUUCUUUAUCGCUGUUGACGAUGCGUUGACGUUGUGAACAGUUACCGAUGCAGAAGAAUGGCACGAGCAGCUUCAGCACUUCUUUCUUGGAAGUUUGUGAGCUUGGUUGGAAUGAUAUCCGGCGAGCUAACUUAUAUUCAACGGCAUGACCAAAGACAGUGGGCAUUAUUGUUUCGCCAAUUAUCCAGCGAGAGACAUGGCUGGUGCAGCGAGAUUCAAAGUUUUUUGUUAUGUUUGUUUGUUUGUUUAUCGGUUUCAUAUGCAUCGUUUUGUUUCUUUCUCAGGCGUGCUUACCAAUGAACAUUAUUUAUGAGGGCAUACUGUUCUGCACCACAUACAGUCAUAUUCACUAUACUCCCACUUUUGUUUGUCAUGUUCCAUUUUUUAUACGCGAAAAAUUCGCUCCUGCGCGUAUUUAGUGACGGCCAAGGCGUUGGGGCUUAUUUGAAGGUGUAUUUGUUUUUCAUCCUGUGAUUGUUAAUUUUAUUACAUUCCCAGAAUUUGUUUUACUGAACGCAUGUAUUUGCUAUUGACAGUUUUUAUUGCACGAUUAUGAAAAUGGUGCUGUCCGAAGCUAUACUUACAAGCACUAUUUAGGCAGGUAAAAAAAAAGGCACAUAUCAAAAUGUGGUCUAUUUACCUGGUAGUGUUGCGACCUUCAUCGCAACCCAAAGUUUUAUUCUUCAUAGAAAAGUCAAAUUGUUGUGUAUUGAUGAAUGAAAGCAUUGAUGCCUAACUCAACGAGUGUCCUCGUAUAGUCGCCAAACGUGCCAUUAAAAAAAAAUUUGUAACAAUAGCUAUGGUCUUAAAAGGGUGCUGCAAGCUGCCACUACGCUGCAGGUAUUGACAAAGCCUUCGCUCAUGAAACGUGGUUGGGCAGUGCCUUAAGCUCAUAUGUUGAGCUCAGAUAAUACGGUUAGACUAUUGCAGCAGUAUUGUUCGACAAGACCCUUGAAGUGUGUUUCUAUAGACAAAAUAUGAAAACCAAAGCAGGGGUACGAAAGAAUAGCAGUCCUUCUAGGAAGCCUGGGGUAAGGCAGAAGUUAUUUUUGCAAUAAUACAUGUUGGUACAGGUGUUCAUUACUCCAUGUUCUGGUACUAUGCCUUUUUUUCACUCUAUUUUUUUUUUCAAAUCAAGCCGAGUAUGUUGGGCCAAGGACGGUGAAAAUGUUUGAAUCUGUAAUUAGCUGUAGCGGAUAUCGCGUGCUAUGCGUUGCAUAACAAAACACGAGUGUUUGAGUUCGACAAUUGCUUGUGCAAAAUUUACUGUUUUAAAGCUUAUGCCCAUUGAAAGCACACAUUCUGAAGAUCUGUCAUUCGGGUGUUACGUUGCUUAUCUACAUAAAUUUUGCGUAGGCACCUUAUAUUGUGGGUUAUUGCCGUGUCAUUGGGGAAAAUUUGGAAGACUCGCAGGAGCUUAGCCUAAGCUCCGAUUACCGCCCUGCACUGACUAGGAAAUCGCUUUCUGUUAUUGCUCAGGGAUGGUGUUAACAUGAAAACAUUUACCGCUUUAGUGAACGGUUGCCAUGUUGGAGCACGUGAACAAUACUGCGUGGUGGUGCUCCUGCCGCAAUCCUAAAAGAUCUAGAGUUUUUAGAAGUGAGGCGAAGCUUCUCAUGCGCUUAAGCCAUACGACUAUAAGUGAGAAAGGUCCAUUCGCUCUUUGGCUUUGGCGUACUUGAGAGAUGCUGCCCUACGAAGUGCGGCUAGUACGUUGUUUUCGUUAUCCACUUGCGGCAAGUUUAGGUCCACGCUAAAGGCGCACAUUAAAUCAAGCUACAGUGACACAUUAGAGAUUCAACAUAUGUAAAGCCUCAGCUAACGCCAUAAGAACUGUUUCCAAGUAAAAAAAGUGACGUACAUGCCAGAUAGUGUGACACCGCAGUACAAACAGGCUGUUUCGCGUAACCUAAGCCCAUUUUACCAAAUUGUGCGUACGCUACAGAAAUACAACAAGCGCAUCUCAGUGUACUCUUUGGGAAUCCAGCAAUGCGAGCAGCCUUAUUCGUUAUUUACAAGUAUUGCUUAACUUUGGAAGUAUCGAUUUAAAUGCCAGAACUUUAUUAAGAAGUAGCGAAGUAUGUUCAGAAUUAUUCAGUAGAGUUGUCCGAGGAAGGUAGCUGCUAUCGUUUACUUAGUUUAGUUCAGCCCAAUGAAAGCGUACCAGACCUAAAAUACCAGGGAAAAUAAGGGGAAGGUGAGAGAUGCAAAUUCAAGAGAAUAGACAUAACGAGAACGAGGUAAAAGUAGGAGCCUCGCUCCUGGUUUUACCUUGUUCUCAUUUUGCUCACAGACUUAGAAAAGUAUGAUGUGACGUCCUCUACCGUCGUCGAGCUACCUGUUCAUAUACCCUGUUCUGUCUGCACCAGCGCAAAUUUUUUCGGGAACCCCCCCGUUUUUUAUGGCACUAAUGCCAUUGCUCGAUGACAGCUAGUCAUGAGGCCGUUUUUCAGAUAUCGGGCGCUUUCUCGGAGCUAGAAAAAGCUGUGACAAACAUAUAUAUAAGGAACCAAAUCGCUUAUAUAUUGUUCAAUACUGAAACACUUGCAGUGAAACCUUGAUAUUUAGAUUGAUGAUUAGAUAAAUAUCUCAUUACUAUAUGAGAGUCCUCGAGAAAUAGUUCGAAUUUUUCAAGAUGGCAUGAAUCCUCGCCUCCUCUUGGACCAGCAUGAAUUUUUUUUCUUCGGAGCUUACUUUCUUUCUUUUUGAGAAAUCCGUGUGUGUGUUUUUUUAGUAGCUUUGUGCUGCAGUCGCGCCCAUGACAAUUCUCGCUUUCAAGAUGACACCGAACGACAUUGAUUCGAUUCAGACACCCGCUGCUGCUUCUUUUUAAAUGUUUGAGGCAAGUUUGCUUAACGAGAGAGCGAAAGAGAGAUAAAGACAAAGAAAAGACAGGGAGGUUAACAAGAGGAUAUCUCCGGCUGGCUACCCUGUACCAGGAGCGCGGGAAAUCGGUACGAAAGAUGAGAAGUUAGCUGAAACACUUUGUGUAGACUACCAGCUGCCGAUGAUCUAAUGUGUCCCUUCUUUAAUUGGUUAUUUUAAUUGAACAUGAUAAAAAAUUCCUUUCAUUGCAUUUCACCGUGCAAGAAAGUGCAAUGCAACUGGUUUGUUUUUGUUUCGCACAGAAAAACUUGUCGAUAUCAUCUCUGUCGGCUCUGUCGGCGCUAUUUGUGGUAACACAGGGCAUUGUCCAUGCGGUCCACUAACUCAAAGCAAGCUGCACCAACUGGCCCAUCAUUGACAUCCGAGGUAGCAGGCACAGAUGCUUUCCGCGAAGAGAUUUCCACGAUCGCCUUUGAAGGAUUUACAUAAGCCGUUACUCAUUCACCUGGUCUGUUUCUUCUGCUUCGUCAUCGCACUGCUUGCUCGGUUUGCCGUUUCGCCAUUUUCUGCCAAGCAUGGAACGCCACGACAUAAGGUGCUGUCGACUCAAAAAACGGCAUCCGAAUUGCGUAGGCUGACAUGGGCUUGCUUUUGCCACUCCAUUUGUUGCGGGUCUCUUUAGUAUCAGUCUGCUCCACAGCGAAGACAUUUCCUGGCUUGAGUAAACCUCACGGGUGUUCUGGAAACACAAUUUAACGAUCUAGCUUUAUUCCGUUGUUUGUUUGAUGGCGUCUCUGUACGGCAAUGAUAAAUGCCUAACGUCGAUGUGUUAUUCCCCGUGGUAGCAGCAAUGGCAUUGCAAUUUAGGGAAGCGACGAAAUACAUCGGCGCCGAGUGCAUUCACUGAAACAUCUUUAUAACAAUCGGAAGCUUUUCCCGAGAGCACUUCACCCUUCAUGUUUUCAAGAACGCGUGCGUGUGUAUGCUCAAUGCGCUCAAUGUGAUGUGUGCCAUGUGUUCCUGAGAGGAGAACACGCGUUGUCUGCAUACCAUAAUACCGCCGCUGUUAGUUCGACGACAGCGACGUUUGGACUCUGCAAGUCAAUGACGUAUUGAUGUCCGUAAUGCUCCGCUAUAUUUUUGCUUUCUCUCUAAGUUUACGCGCCACCCGUGCACCUUAGCAGCCUAUAAAGUUCCACUAUAGUUUCAUUGGAAUCGUACGAAGUCAUCAUACCUUUUCGGGACUAAUGUGGCCUCCUAUUCUACGCGCACGCUGAAAGUUUGCUCACAGUGGUGUUACUGCAUUGCUUUUGACAUUAGGCUGUGUGAAAAUGGCAUUGUGGAGAAGCCUUUCAUUACCCAAAUCUUAAAAUGCGCCUGUUUACACAGCUUACCCUCACCAGUGAAAUAUAUUGCUGGAGUCUUAAGCACUCGUGAAACUCAUAGCUGAAAAUGAUCUCAUUUAUCUUCACUUUGCCAAUCAUAUGACUGCAUGCGUUGUCUCUCGAUGUAAAGGUACAAAUGUAGCGCUGUUUCAGAAACAUUGCAGUCAGUCAACAUAACCACGCUUUCCAUUGUAACAGUUCUUUACAGUAAUCUAAACUGCCGCUGCUCCUACUCUUCAAAUAUAUGCCUGUAUGGGCCGUGUACGCACAAAAAAAAAAAAAAUGAAACUGGUAGGCAUAAUGUAUCGGCUUAUACAAAUGACAUUACUGAAUUUUCCAGCGAGCGCAUUCAGCAUAAAUGCGGUGGUACAUAAUGAACUGAAUGUUGUUUUGUGGUUUUUCAAUAUCAUUGUUGCAAUACUGUCGUAAGGUGGUACCGUAUGAAGCUGCCCAUCCCUUUACCUAACAAUGCGUCUUUACCACGCAUGUGUAAUAACAAAAUCUUUAUUAACAAGUGCAGAUAGGAUUCAAUGCUGCUCAACUCUAUGAUAUACAUUAAGGUUUCAAGGCUCCACCGGACUAGGGAAAUACCAAUGCUCUCAUUAUGCUUAAUAACGGUACAAAUGAAACAACGUUACUAACUGGGACGCUGGCUGAUUAUUUUAUCCCCAAAAUUUGGUCUUACAAAUGUGGAUGCGUGAAUCAUUCACUCCGAACGCCUUCGCGGUACAAGACUUCUAAGCUUUUCAGAUAUAUUUCCACUUUUUAGCUUCUCUGAAACAUGACCGACAAUAGUCUUGCUAAGUUUAUAUGGAUCUAGAUUUUAAAGAGCGACUUUUGCCUUCUUGGUGUUUCAUGUCAUUCGUUCGAGUGAUCGAUUCUUUUUCAUUUUUGGGGCGGCCGAUGCUGCGCUGUUUAUCGCUACCACGAUUUUAUAAACACAUUAACAAAACGCAGUGACGCGUAGCCUCAUUUCAACUGGAAGUGCGCGCGAGCAUAGUGGAGAUGCCUGGACAGGCAACGUUGCUCAAUCAGUUCGCCCUCCGCGCAAUACUUAUGGAGCACAAUAAAAACUAUUUUGAAGAAUGCUGCGGCAAUAAUUGCCUCGCGGUUUCUCUAUACAUUCAAUACAAUGUCGCACGCGAGAUAUUGCCUAGCUGGCCGUCCAGGACGCUGUGAUCUCGUGUACUGUGUUGGAAAUGGGUGUAAGGAGUAGGAUCGCUUGGCAUUAAGCUAGACUUCAACUUGUCUUGUGACCGCUUCAAACAGUAGCGUGUUUUUUUUUUAUUUUUCUCCAGACGUUUGAUGUAAAGCAAGCAAUGGAAGCUAUAAUUUAAUCAUGCCAUCACGAUUCUUUUAUUUAUUACCACCGGAGAUGUCCCGAUGUUUUUGACAUUGAUGUUUUAUGCUGAAGCCUAUGUGCCUCUGUGUUUAUUUGCUCUUGUAACUUAAUUAUGUACAGUGGUUGUGUGAUUUAUCGUGAAGUUUGUGCUCACUUUCACGAAUUUUUGCAAUAGUGUUCUGUGGUUGACAGUGUAAGAAAAAUGUUUCAAUGCGCAUCCGCGGUUCAUUAAAAUGUCUGAUAUUUCGUUCGUUUAA